AUAAAAAGAUCUGGCUUAGAAGUAAUCAUGAGCCACCUGUAGAAUCAAAUUUAAGAUCAUGAUCAAAUAUUAGUACCGUUGCAAAGACAAAAUCUGCAGAAUAACAAGACCGAGACCCCCACAAACAAGAAUCACAGUGCCUGAUACCAACAUGGGGCCUUUUGGCAAUUUUGACGGUCUGUGUCGCCUGUGCGGCCUGCAGUGCUACGACCUCAUUAACCUGUUCGAGGAUGCCAGCCGCCAAAGGAAUCUCAUCGCUAUUAUUAAGAAGUACAUAAGAAUUAACGUAGCACUGCAGGACUCCCUACCUCACCAUGUGUGUGGGCCAUGUCUGGCUAAACUGGAUGAGGUGGUGGAUUUUGUGGACAUGAGCCAAGCAACACAGAGCAAGCUGAAUAGCCAACUCAGAGAGUGCACAACGGAGAGCAGCGUCGAGGUGAACGAGGACAAGCUGUAUGAGUUGAUCCAGGAUGUCAAGGUGGAGCUGGAAGAGUCUGAGAGCCAGUUCAUUGAUGACCUUAAUGAUGAAGACUACGGUUCCCACACUAAUAGACGACAGAGACGCAAGGCAACGAGGGGAGUGAGAGGGCAAGGUGUCAUCUCCAGAGCAGGGGCAUCAGGUAAGCAGGCCAGGAAAGUGAGGAGCAAGGAUGCAACACAAGGAGUAGCCAACACAAAGAACCAGACACCAGAGAACAUAGCACCUGCUAACACCCAAAUGAAGGAAAAAUGGAUGGACAGUCACCCAAGGAAAGAAGUAGCAGCAGAGACUUGUGUAGAGGGCAGCAUGCAGGAGCCAGCCAACCCUUUGUCUUCCUGUGAUAGAUUGAGCAACUCAGUUAAGAAUACAGUUCGGUGCAGUCUGUGCAAAAGUUCCUUCAGCCAAGUGGACCACCUCACCUCACACUCCUUAGAGGCCCACCAGCUGUCUGACCCAAGCUACCUCUGUCCACAGUGCCCUCAAAUAUUCAACAAAAUUUCCUCCCUCAAAAAUCACCAGCGUCGGAAACACCAAGACUCACUGCAAACGUGUCCACAGUGCAAUAAACUAUACCCUACACACUAUUUAUGGACAAGACAUAUGCUUGUGCACACCAACUCACGUCCAUUUUCAUGUGACAAAUGUGAGAAGAAGUUCAAAAGCAAGGCUGAGUUGAUCAACCACAAGAGAAUCCACCGGCCAAGUGAGGAGCGCUACACCCACUGCUGUGAGGUGUGUGGCAAGAGGUUUACCCAGAAAGCAAACCUGGAGAGCCACCUGCGGCUGCACUCUGGCAACCGUCCCUUCUCCUGCGAGUUCUGUGGGAAGUGUUUCUCCCAGCGAGGCAACAUGGAGGAGCACAGGAGGAUACACACAGGGGAGAAGCCAUUUGUCUGUGAUGUUUGUGGAGUCAGCUACUCUCGGCAAGGGCAGCUGGCAAUGCACCGCAGGCAGCACUCUGGAGAGAAGCCUCACAAGUGCCAGUAUUGUGAGAAGGAAUUCCUGAGGAGAGAAGUUCUGAAGAAGCAUGAACACAUGCACACUGACACAAGGCCUUACAAGUGCUCUUACUGUGAGAAAUCUUUCAGGGACCAAGGGAAGCGCAAGGUUCACGAGCGCCUGCACACUGGAGAGCGCCCAUUCGAGUGUCAGUUUUGUGGCCGAGGGUUCUGUGAGUCUGGCAACUUACGCAAACACCUGAGAGUUCACCAGCGCCGGCCUGGGUCCUCUGCAUCAUCCUCCAUACAGGACAAGGAUCAAGAGUCCAUCCCUGUAAACAGCAGGCCUCCUGAAGUAUCCUGUGGAGACUCCAGUUUUCACUUCAACCCUGCACAAAACCCAGCAUUCAGUGUCCCAGGCCUUACAGUAUCUCGACAUGAUGCUGACAUUGCUGCUGUACAAAAUUCUGCUGCACUGACUAUAUCUCAGCCCAUCCCUCUUGCCUCGGCCAACAGUCACCCCAGUCACCCCACCCACCAGCCUCAGGAAAACCCAGCACCUCCACCACUACCUCUCCUGGGGAAUGUGCCCCUAAACAGCCACUCACUCACUGCCUUACAUCCAGUAGAGGAUUCUCAGGGAAGCUGCACCCUACCUCCUCAUGAAUGUGAUAGAGAGGAUUACAGGGUUGCUUCCUCCUAUCAGCCAGUCACCACCUGGACACUCUAUCAUGCCUAGUGGUCCCAGGGAAUGAGUGGCCAGAAAUGUUCUCAGCUGUGGUAAUUUUUUACUGUUUCCUUGCAGCUGAAGGUUAGUGAGGCAUUUUUAAGGUAUAUUGGAGUGUUGUACUCUCUGCAGUCACCUAUGGUAAAAUAUGAUGAAUAAAACUGUUUACUUUU